UUCCAUACAACUGUGCAGGAACCAUUUGUGUCAAGCAAGCCAGAAGAGGCCUCUACUUUGUGCGGAGAUAUCUUAGCAAAGAAACAUCCAAUCCUAGCAAGCGAAUGCAGACGUAGAUCCGUUCGUCGUCCCUUUCCACCCGAAAAGCCAUGGCCGGAAAAAGAAGAGCUUAUUUCAUCAUCGAAGGUUAAUCCAAUCCCUCACAGCGAACGGUAUGUGCAGGUUUCUCCCUUAGAAAUUUUUGUACAAGUCACGUACCAGGAGAUCAUCACGUUAAAAGUAGAUGCUAGUGAUACUAUCGCAAAUUUGAAGGAGAAAAUCAAAGACAAGAAAGGCUUUCCAGCCGAAGAACAGCCUCUUUUCUUUCAAAGAAAAAAAUUGAAAGACGACCGAACUGUCAGCGACUACAACAUUCAGAAUAAAUCAACACUGAACUUGAAAGUCCCGGCUGAGCAAAUGGAUCGAUUGGAAGUCACUAUCCUUACAGAGGGCAGGAUAGGAGUUACGACAUUGGUACUGAAGCCAAAGGAUACUAUCGGAAGUGUCAAGGACGAAAUUCAUGCCAAAACUAAAAUUUCACCGCACCAGCAAGUUUUGAAAUUCAACGAUAAACAACUCGAUGAUGUCCAUUCUUUGAAUUACUACGGCAUUGAGAACAAAUCCAACCUGUUCUUAUGUGUAUCAGUGGAAAUCUUAGUUAGGAUGACAACUGGAACAGACGUGAUGUUAAGCCUCUUUAAAAGUAACACUAUCAAGGAUGUUAAAGAGAGAAUUCAGCUCAGCGAAGAUAUCCCGUGCGGCAUGCAACGUCUCUAUUUUCGUUAUCAGCUUCUCAGAGAUAAUUACCCAUUGAGUUACUACAACAUUAAAAACGGAUGUGUUUUAGACUGUGAUGUAUUACUUAUACGUAUCAAUGUCAAGAUGCCAACUGACGAUGUGAUCAGUUUAGAUAUUUGCCCGAAGGACAGAGUAAGAAGUGUAAUGGACGAAAUUCAGGCUAGAGGAGCGAUCCCACCCAAUCAGUUAAGUCUCGUGUAUAAUGGCGAAAAACUCAACAACGGGUUUACUUUGAAUCACUACAAGCUUAGGAAUGGAUCAUUCCUGAAUGCAGAUGUUAAGCCUGAAUCUGGAGGUACGUCAAUGUGCGUAAUAAAUCAAACAUGUGACAUAGCGAGUAAUCACCUUACGAUCAAACACUGAGAAGAGAGUUGAAAAUAGGACGCGCAAAAGAGGUGUUUGAUAUUGUGAUGAGAUUUGCCCUGAGAAAACAGCCAACAUUUCGUUACGCCACCACUUCGUUACGUCACAACUGGAUGGCUUCCCCGGGAAAUGAUGUAUGAGGAACGAGCUCAGACAUUCCAUACUGAUGACGCGUCGCUACCCAGAUCUGGGUGUUGCUUUUGAUUGGUUGAAGCAAAUUUCCCUCGCCGCACGACCAAUCAGAAGCACUACCCAGAUCUGGGAAGUGAUACGGCAUCAGUAUGGAAUUCCUACGCCAGUUUGCGGGCAAACAAAAUGUCUGCUUUUUUCUCAGGCUUGAUGAAAUCUUCUUUCUAUAUUUUUGCCAGAUUGUGGCUGGUAUAACCAGUUUUAUAGGCUUUUUUCGGGAUUAGUGACUAAAGGCGUUCAUUGGCUAACUCGGCUUGUUUUGGACGGGGAUGAUUUUCUCUCAGGUUCUUCCCCUGAUCAAGUAAGUCGACUAUAAAGAUUAUUGCCAGUAGCGAAUUCAAAGGUAUUAUUAAUCCGUUCGUCGAUCGUACAUUCAUUCUUCGUUCGUCUGUUCAUUCCGUCUUCUCACUCAUUCAUUUCUUUCCUUGCUGACAUCAUGGCGUAAGGAAACAUGGGUUUCGACUAAAUAAAAGUGAAAUCUUUGUUUAUUUAAGUUGAAUGAUAUUACUGACAUUGAGGUAGUCUUGUCUAUAAAGGGUUUCAUUAAUCGUUUGCUCCCGAUUUUCACAUAGAUAUUGAUCGCGACGUUUCGACCGCGUGCUGCCGGUCAUCGUCAGGCGAUUAGUCGAUAGUGUCGAACAUACGACGACGAAUUUCUCUUUCUCUAUUUAAACUUGAAUAUCUUUCUUAAGAAUUCAACUCCAGGAAAGUUUGCCUAUAUUAGACAAAGUGAGCGAGUUGUGAUAAUGGCGCUGAAGUUUCAAAGAACGUGAAGUCACUUUUUAAAUGACGUUUUUGCCGCCGUUGCCGUUGUGGUAUCUUAAAUCUUGGUCUUAUUAGCAUGUUCAGAAACGGUUGAAGGUUGAGUUCGGUGAAAGCCUUGUAUCCCUAUCGUGCUUCUUAAUCAAUUCAUGCAUUCACCUACCCGUUUUGCCAAUGUAUUCUUUGUAAAUGCGGCAAAUUUCAGAAAAUUUGUCUUGAAGUACUAGUCAGAGCUAUCGAUAGUUUACUCUCGAAACUUCAUAGAAGACAUCCUUACUCUCGUUAAUGAUUCUUGACAAACCGCUUUGCACGUUGUUAAUAAUCCAGUGAAAUAAAUGUAUGUUUAGGUUCGUUAUUUUGGUUCUUUUUUAUCGCAGGUAUUGUAGAGUAUCAAAUUGAUUCUGAGAGACAAGGGGUUUUGAAUUAUAUUGCACGGAAGUACUUUCAAGAAGUCGACGUAAAAAAUCCGGAAGAGUUGAAUCGCUUUCUUAUUUACAUGGAAGAGGUGCGCAAAGUCACUGUUGCUGAUAUCAAGACGGGAAGCUUGAUAUUCACGCUGGAGUGUGGAUCGGUGCAGAUUCUUGAUGAUCUUUGGGAAGACUACCGUACAGGCCAUCUAAAUGAAGUAGCCCAGCUGUACCUUGUGACAGACGACAUCCUGGAAGAGUUAGGUCUUUCUUCACUAAAACUCACGUCGAACAUGAAGGAAGAGGACUAUAAGGCUUGUCGACAGCGUUUAGCAACCGUUGAAGGUGGGUAUGGGAAAAAUGAAUUUUACCUACGGCAAUAGCCCACGUUCGGUAUAUUUAAAUUCUAACAUGACAUGGAGAGUUUUAAUAUGUCGAACGGGGACUACUCGGACUUGAAAAUCCAUUGUAAGGAAGUCGUCUCUGGAUCCAGAUUUCAUUAGAUUCUGAGUGCCACGUGACGGUCGACAACCAGGGUCUCUGUCUUCAACGAGAAUGCGCGAAGGUAAAGGAGAGAUUCCUAGCUGAGAAGAAGAUUGGAAGCAAUUAUGAAUUAGCAAAUUAAGGUGGCUCCGUAAUUAAUACAAGAGCAUUUAGCUGUGGCAAAUUUUCCGUCAUAACUUUGUCGAUUUUAACGCGAUGGCUGCGAAACUUUGCAAAGAACAACAGAUAUCAUUUGGCAAUAAUACGAAAUAUUCCGAUUUCAUUGAUGGUAAAUAUUUCUUGAGAAAUUAGCGCUUAAAAGGACCCUAAUGUUCAAAGAAAAUCGCGUCUAGUAAAAAAUUUUGCUGAUAUUUUUUACUGAAAUUUCUGGUAUCGGCUUUAAUUGAUAUAAUAAAUAUGCCAGAGGAAUUUCAGAAAAAUCGUUGGAGCACGAAGUCCGUAACUAAAGUCGCUCAAAAUUCAGCUGUGAAAUUGUUUUGGAAUUUCAAAAAUAAAUUACUAUCAGGAAGAAGGAGACACCAGUUUGAAUUUUCGGGACAAGUAAAUUCAAUGUUUGCUAAUUCUGAAAUCAAAAGCCGAUUGCCUAUCGUGCUAUUCUUUAAAAGGUACUUUUCAGUUUUAGAAGCACUAUAAAUCGCUCCAAACCUUACUAUGACGUCGAAUGACUUGUUCCUCGACAUUUUUAAAAUAUCCCUUGGCAGUUUUGGUUCAAACUCCUGCUACAUACAUUUUGAUGUAUUGCAAUGCAUCCUCAACGGCUUUUCUUGCUGUACGUUGUUUCCAAUUCAGGAAAAAGGUAUUGGGAUUGUAAGCUACCUUGUAUUGAAGCUCAGAUAGAACUGUCCAGCACCUUUGUUUAUGACCAGAAAAUGAGCACGAGCAGCAGCUCUGCGAAAUUCACCACCUCAGCCAGGGGGACGAAUGAUAAUGAUACCCAUGUCCGUGAACCGAUCUGUAUAAACAUGUAUUGCAGAGCAAAACAUAAUAAUCAAGAAAAAAUACCCAUUCAUUGAAGGAAGGAGUGACAAAAUUUCAGAGUUGUAAAUUUAUUCACGGGCAGUAUUUUUUUGCGAUAAUUUUAUUUUGCACUGUGAUGUUAUUCGGUUCACAGGCAUGGUCAUCAUUGUCGUUCGUCCCCCCUGGGUGAGGUGCGAAUUCCUCGCAGAACUGCCGCUCGUGCUCAUUUUGUAGUCAUAAACAAAGGUGCUGGACAGUCCUAUCUGAGCUCUGAUACGAGGUAGCGUCCAAUCUCAAUACUUUUUUCCUGAGUUGGAAGCAACGAACAGCAGUAAAAGUCGUUGAAAAUGAAUUGCAAUACAUCAAAAUGUAUGCAGCGGGAGUUUGAGGCAAAACUGCAAAGGGAUAUUUUAAAAAUGUCGAAGAACAAGUCAUUUUACUUCAGAGCAAGGUUUGGAGCAAUUUAUGGUGCUUCUAAAACUAAAAAGUACCUUUUAAAGAAUAGCACGAUAGGCAAUCGGCUUUUGUUUUAAGAAUUAGCAAACGUUGAAUUUACUUGUCCCGAAAAUUCAAACUGGUGGCUCCUUCUACCUGAUAGUAAUUUAUUUUUGAAAUUCCAAAACAAUUUCACAGCUGAAUUUUGAGCGACUUUUAGUUACGGACUUCUGCUCCAACGAUUUUUCUGAAAUUCCUCUGGCAUAUUUAUUAUAUCAAUUAAAGCCGAUACCAGAAAUUUCAGUAAAAAAUAUCAGCAAAUUUUUUUACUAGACGCGAUUUUCUUCGAACAGUAGGGUCCUUUUAAGCGUUAAUUUCUCAAGAAAUAUUUACCAUCAAUGAAAUCGGGAUAUUUCGUAUUGUUGCCGAAUGAUAUAUAUUGUUCUUAGUAAAGUUUCGCAGUCAUCGCAUUAAGAACCAAAAAGUUAUGACGGAAAAUUUGUCACAGCAAAAUGCUCUAGUAUUAAUUACGGAGCCACCUUAAGCGAACAAUGCGUUAACAACAAGUAUAACAACAACAGAAAAAAUAAAAUAAAACAAGAGGCAAAUUUUUAUUUGAGUUAUCGAGAGCUAAAAUAUGUACUAUCCUGUACGUCCCGUUAAAGCCAGGAAUUGAUUAGGCUUAUAAUUGGUUUCUUCCCUAUGAUUCUCAAGCCUUUCAGAAAUCGACCUUUUUGUUUUCACUUUCAAAGUCAAACCGAGCAAGCUCACUUUGAAGGAGCAGUACCGAUAUGCACGUCGCAUUAAAUACAUUACGAAACAUACUAGAAUGUCGGAAAGACAAACCCAUGAAAUGUUUGUGUUAUCGCCGGCACAAGAAAAAAAUGAUGUUAAGGUGUCGCUUCUUGUUGUUGAGUAGUUCACUUGUCAAACUUUUGAUUCAUCGGAAACUUGAUUGAAAGUGCGCAGUUGUCAGGUUUAGUAAUGUCUUGUUUAUGUAAGCUGUUAGUUUAUGCCGCACGAAAAGCGUUGAGUUCAAACAGACUUGAUCAUUUGCUUUACGUAGUAUUGUUUUGUGUUGUCUUACGGUGGCUGCUUGAAUGUUCUCCAAAGCGUAGUAAAACGUAGGUGUGUUUUCCGCCAAAAAUCCCAAGAUACAGCACCGGGUGACCUUUAGUGUACCAUCUUGCAUUUCGUUCCUGUUUUGCGUGUGUACGACCAAAAGUUUCCAGUUAAAUACCAUACCAAUUUGUUAGUAAUGUUGUCUCGCCCACGCACCUCUCGGCGGAACUCGGCUAUAUAAAAGAACACUCGUAGGCGAACAGCUGAUCUUACGGCCACCAUGGCAAAACCACAUUUGAACUCUUCGCUUACAAGAACGAUUAUUCUAAGCGGCCAGCUCUCAGGGGUUUCGGACACAUUUUUUCUGCUUCCCUAGGUUGUCCACUACAAGAGGGUCCCCUGAAGCGUAGUUGGUUUUUUCUCGUGAAACGUGAGUUAAGUUUUUAUUUAUUCGCGAUUCGUGAUUACCCAUCCGUGAAACGUGAAUUACUUGAUUUUUACGUGAGCGUGAAGAAAUUUUAGAAUUUACUCGUGACACGUGAAAAGUCUCAAUAUUAACGGGAAAGUAUAUUUUUCAAAGGGAUACUCGCUUAAAGGAACUUCGAUUAUUGUAAAGUUGCAAGGUUUAAUAUCGGGUAUGAUGGUACUAAAAUACAAUAGUGUGUAAAUGGCUUAUAUUUGGGAAAAGGAUUGACUUAUUGAAGAGUUGUCCGAAUCAAAAUAAAUAUUAGGACCGUUUAUACGAGAGAAAAUAAGCCGCGGCUUAGUUACACAAGACGCAAAAGGAACCAUUUACACGAGUAACACUUACAUUAGACGCGAACUGCUCGUACAAAUGGUUCACGGCUUAGUUCGCGGCCAGACGGGUCCAGUGAUGACGUAGCUUGUUUUGGUGCCUAGCGUAAUUUUCAACUAUGGCUCGAGCGAGCAAGAAUGCGAAACGAUUGGCUUCGGUCAGGAAGACUGCCAGUUUACAAUGCCUUCUUUUUUUCCGGCUCUGUCGUGCAGCAGGUCAUUUUCCCGCCACUGCAGCGCGUGUCUUUCGGCCGUGAAGGUCUGGGAUAUAAUUGAAAACAGAGCAGGCGCAGCAGUCGUUCACGGUUUCAGCAAGCCGUGGACAACAUUUGAGUGCAUUUCACGUCCGAGGUAAGCCGCGGCUUUUUAAAUCUCAUAUAAACGACCCUAUCGUUAACCAUUUUGAUUCUCUCCUUGCGAAUGACUGUAGCUACAGUAAAAUUUACUCGCUAAACUUACAUAUGUAUCACUACUUUGGUAACAGCUAACCAGAUGUUAGAUAGACUUCGCACAGCGUUACAUGACGCUUUCCGCCACUGGCUAGCAACAAGAAGAAAUACUAAAGGAAAAUUAGAAGAAGUGGCAAGAAAGCUGCUAACCGCAACCGCGUUAAGAGCUGCGUCUGCUGUUAUGGUUGGUUUGGUUGCAUACGUUACCUUUGGGUCAAGUGCAAGUUUAAUGGCGGCUGCCGGAAUUGGUGCCUUGAUAGGAGGGAGUACGUGGUAUCGUAGCAAUGAGGAAAUACUUAUGAUCGUAAGGGUCCAGAGGGCAAUUGACACAGAUCGCAGAGCUUGUGUAGAGCUUCAAGAACAGUUGGAUUUCUUAGAAGCAACUUUCACUUCCACUUCAGCAGGCGCCAUGAUCGGAAACGUGUCUUAUGCCUUGACUCGCGCAUCGCGUUUUGCUGACGCUUUAGUUUUGCCAAGAGAUAUCAUCCAACUUGUGAAUUCAUCUUUGGAUCGUAACCAAGGAUCCACAGCCCCCAUUGUCGAGGAAAUCAGGAGUAUUCUAAACAAUCUGAAAUGUCCAGAUGAAACUGAAAUUCAGCGUUUAGUC